AAUUUGGUUGCAUGCAUGCCUUGUUCAUGUGUAACUGGUUGUGGUUGUUCUGUAUCUUCUUCCAUAGACAUUAGGACUCAGUUCUGGAGGAGAGCCUUGCAGAGAGGGUCCAGUGCGUCUCGGAAAGUGGCAUCUCCAGAGAUUCCUGGAUCCAGUCAGAGUAUGAAGAAGACCAUUGGACACAGAGGAGUUGAGACGAACACUGGGGAGACCACCUAUAAGAAGACCACGUCGUCAGCCCUGAAAGGAGCAAUUCAGCUGGGCAUCACUCACACUGUGGGCAGCCUGAGUCAGAAGGCUGAGAGGGAUGUUCUCAUGCAGGACUUUGUGGUGGUCGAGAGCAUCUUCUUCCCCAGUGAGGGCAGUAACCUGACCCCUGCCCACCACUACAGUGAUUUCAGGUUUAAGACCUACGCCCCCAUCGCCUUCCGCUACUUCAGAGAACUCUUUGGCAUCCGGCCAGACGACUACCUGUACUCUCUGUGUAACGAUGGCCUGAUAGAGCUGUCUAACUCCGGCGCCAGCGGCUCUCUCUUCUACGUGUCCAGUGAUGAUGAGUUCAUUAUCAAGACGGUGCAGCACAAAGAGGCUGAGUUUCUCCAGAAGCUACUGCCAGGAUACUUCAUGAACCUGAAUCAGAACAAACGGACCCUGCUCCCUAAGUUCUACGGUCUGUACUGCAUCCAGGCGGGAGGGAAGAACAUCCGCCUGGUGGUGAUGAACAACCUGCUGCCCCGCGUGGUCCACAUGCACCAUAAGUACGACAUGAAGGGUUCCACCUAUAAGAGACGGGCCUCAGCCAAGGAGAGGGACAAGACUUUUCCCACCUUUAAAGACCUGGACUUCAUCCAGGACCUGCCUGAUGGACUACUGCUGGAGACGGACAACUACAACGCCCUUAGCAAGACCAUCCAGAGAGACUGCCUGCUCCUGCAGAGUUUUAAAAUCAUGGACUACAGUCUACUGGUGGGGAUCCAUAACCUGGAGCAGGCUAGUAGAGAGAGGGAGCGAGGUGUGGGGCAGAUGGGGGACAGUGGGGGGUCAGAGGGGGCGGUGACCCCAGACCAGCGCCGACCCCAGGCCCAGAAAAGUCUAUACUGCACAGCCAUGGAGUCUAUACAGGGAGAGGCCCGCGGGAAGGGAGCCCUGGAGUCUGAGGACCAUAUGGGCGGGAUCCCAGCCAGGAACUCUAAAGGAGAGAGGUUGCUGGUCUUUAUCGGCAUCAUCGACAUUCUGCAGUCCUACAGGUUCAUCAAGAAGUUGGAACACUCGUGGAAGGCCCUCGUCCAUGAUGGGGAUACAGUGUCGGUGCACAGACCAGGCUUCUACGCUGAGCGCUUCCAACAAUUCAUGUGUAACACAGUGUUCAAGAAGAUCCCAUUGAAGCUCUCCCCAUCCAAGAAGUCUCGUGGUGGGGGUCCGGGGGGUCUGAGGAGAGCUCCUACUCUGGGAGGCCCCACCCCCCUCUCCCACGCUGCUGGACAGUCUGUGGUGGACUCUCGACUCGUCUACCAAUCACACUUCAACAAGGCUGACGCAGAGGGAGACAGUGGCAUGCAGUCGGGCAGGCCAGACCUGGUGCCAAGGACCCCUCCCCUGGCGGGAGGGUCAGGGGAUGCGGAGGCCAACUUUUCCACGUCCUCAUUAGGAAGCACAGGACUCACCUCCUCCUCUCCUCCGCUACAGUCAGUAGGGGUUGAAGUACAUAGAGCAGUAACAAGCACAGACCAAGACCACGGUAUCUCCCACAGUAUGGGUGCGGAAGUGGAAGCGUCAGGUGAUCAGUCGGGUAAUGAAGAUGCCAUCUCACUAUCAGACAUUGUCCCAGAGACUAACAUCUGCUUUUAACAACUGAUCUGGAGUCAUCUGAGGAAAAGGUGAUUCUGGAACCAAGGAG